UUUCCGGAAAAUCACUCGCAACCCACUCCUGACUUCCCCACUUAUAAAUGUGAAUCAAGCACCCACUGAAGACUCCAUCGCGGGGUUCACAAUACCAUUUCAUCUAUUAUAACCUCUGGAGUUUGCUGUGUAUCUCCUUCAAAUUCUGAGCCAUGGUCGAGAGAGAUCAAGUUUCGCCACUUGCCCCGUCGGGUAGCCUCCGGAGCGACCAGGAUGAAGCGUCUGUGUUCGCCAAGAACUUCCGGAAGCGGAGAUUCAUCAGGUGUUGCGGUUGCAUCGCCGCUUUCAUGCUCAUCCAAGCGGUAGUCAUCAUCAUCCUGGCGUUUACGGUGUUCCGGGUCAAGGACCCCGUGAUCAAGAUGAACGGAGUCACCAUCACUAAGCUUGAGCUCAUCAACGGAACGAUCCCCAAGCCUGGGUCCAACAUGUCGCUGCUGGCGGAUAUCUCCGUGAAGAACCCGAAUGUGGCGUCCUUCAAGUACAAAAACACCACGACCACCCUUUACUACCACGGCACGGUGGUGGGCGAGGCGCGGGGACCGCCGGGCAAGUCAAGGGCCCGGCGGACAAUGCGUAUGAACAUCUCGGUGGACAUCAUCACGGACAUGCUCCUGUCGAACCCGAACCUGAUCGAGGACAUGAAGCAGCAGCUGUUGCCGAUGAGCAGCUACUCGCGAAUCCCAGGACGAGUGAACAUGCUCAACAUCAUCAAGAAGCAUGUCACCGUGAAGAUGAAUUGCACCAUGACUAUCAAUAUCACUAGCAGGGCAAUUCAGGAGCAGAAGUGCAAAAGGCACGUCAAUAUCUAGAAGACAUAAUCAAUCACUUUCUAAUCUAGUUUGCCUAUUUAUAAUGUAUAGCGAUAGCAUACCAUACUCGGCCGUGUAGUUGGAUAUUUUCCACUCCUACCUUGCUAAAGGUAUUCCAUUUUAUUUACAUUCCUAUAACU